ACCUCUACUUCAGUACUUCAAAUACCCCUUGAUGCUCCCAAUCCGUUGGAUGUGACUCUACUUCAAGAUUUGCAUGAUGUUUCUUUAUCAAAGCAAUACACGGAUGCUUCCCUUUCUACUACACUAUAUACACGUCUAGACGACGGAUUGGAGCAGAGGACGGCUAGUGAAUGUUCAUUCGGCCAUGUUUCUGGGGCCUCAAUGCAGCAGUCUAGCGCUCCCUCGGAACCUGAUCUGUACUCCUCGAACUCCUCCCACAAAGGUAUUCCAACCACUCUUUUUCUUUUAUUAGAUCACCUUAAUCUAUCCACUCUGCGAACACGCCUUGAAGACGGCUAA